AAUACAUACGUUACCGCUGAAAAGCAGCAGUGGGUGAGCAGUGUUUGUCGAUUAAAGUGGGAAUAUGAGCGAUUUAGUGCUUUUCCUCGUCUUCGAGUGAGCUGUUUUCAUCCUUCACACGUUUUCUUUUUUCGGGAAAGGCAGCAGAGGAGGCGACCAUCCACAUCCAAGAUGUCAACAACAUGCAGGAUAUGAAAACACCAACUUACUUCCCUCCGAGGACAACAAGCAGGAUGUGUUUGGACAGAGGGACAAACCCAAUGCUGUAGAAAAGCCACCAGUGUCUUGUGACUAUGUGAAUGGACAAGCUAGUGUUUUCUUACUAAAGUAUGUAGGCGGUGAAUCUACACCAAACACUGUCACCAUCAAGUUACCUAUGUUUCGCAGUUAAAGAAAAAUAUCUGCAAGUGAGGAGAAUAGACUGAAGCUCGCAUCCUUGAAGAUGCUUCAGACCAGUAACUACUCCCUGGUGCUGCUGAUCCAGCUGACACUGUUGGCCUACGACCUCUUCGUCAACUCCUUCAGUGAACUCCUGAGAGGAGCGCCUGUCAUCCAGCUAGUGCUUUUCAUCAUCCAGGACAUCGCCAUCCUGUUCAGCGUGAUCAUCAUUCUGCUGAUGAUGUUCAACACAUACGUGUUCCAGGUUGGCCUGGUGUCCCUGCUGCUGGAGAGAUUCAGGGCUCUGCUGAUGGUCUCAGCUCUUUACCUGACCCUCAGCAUCUGCCUCCACUGCUGGGUGUUGAACCUGAGAUGGCUCGAGUCAAACCGCUUCGUUUGGACAGAUGGUCUUCAAGCUCUUUUUGUUUUCCAGAGAACAGCGGCAGUGUUGUAUUACUACUUCUACAAACGUACAGCUGAGUUUAUGGGAGACCCGAGGCUGUAUGAGGACUCUCUGUGGCUGCGUGACGCCUUUGCCAGAGCUCGUCAGUGAAAGAGGCGCGUUUAAGGGAAGACCAGGUCUCAGAGGACCUGCCAAGAAAGGCCCUUGUGACAUGAUAGAACUGUGCAGCUAAAAAGGACACUUGAAAAGAGAAAUCACUUCGCUGAUGUUGAACACUGAUUGAGCUCACAAAUGGAGAAAGAGGAUGAAGUCUCCAUCAGUUUGUGUUGGCAGCCAGUUAAAUGGUUUACAGUGGCACGUAAGCCAACCAUGACAUGCACAGUAUUGCAUUAAUCAGGAUUGAGUCUGUUAAUCUACGUGGCCUUCGUAAGUCAUUUGCAGAAAGAAUGAACGAACCUUUAUAGCUGCCUCCCAUGGCAAGUUUGCUUUGAUCUGUACAUAUGUACCAUUUAUAGAAUGACAUGCAGUAACAGCUUUGUUGGAAAUGUUAUUCCCACACAAAGGAACAAACCUGGUGGUUUAUUUUGCCUUAUUUGAUGUUAGUAUGUGUUAAUCUAAUUUUAAUAAACCAGUUUUUAUGUAAUUCCUGUUGUUUUUGAUUGGGGAUCUUUGAAUCAUGUCCCCACUGUUUAUUAAACAAACCUUCUCUAA